GGGAACAGGGAUGUGGCCGAUGAGCUGACUUUUACAGCGUUAGGUUGUCUCUCUGCUUCCUGUACGGAGCAGCUUCGCCCCACUCUCUCUACAUUUAUUGGACCCAUGUUCAUGAACCAUAUAAUUUUCCUCACAACGCGGAAAACGCACUUCUAGCUCAGCAAUUUCGGAAGUUUCCGGUGACCCUCAAGCUGCGGGUCAACCAGCAGGUGGUUGCUUAACUCCCCAGAAUCUGCCUGCUUCAGUUUCACAGACUAUUGUUGAUAAGCAACCGCAGAGUGGUGAAGAGGAUGAGAAAUUAAGGCACACAACGGAUAGGCUAGUUUCUGGUGCGAUGGGGCAGUUUGAAGGCACUGAAUACGUUAACAUUGGCGAAGUGCCUACUCCCAGGAUAGAUAACUUUAAGAAAGUAUCAGUUUUACCACUUAUUUUCCUCAUCUUCUAUGAGGUUUCUGGAGGUCCAUUUGGGGUUGAGGACAGUGUCCAAGCAGCUGGGCCGUUGCUAGCCCUUCUUGGGUUUUUGGUGUUUCCAUUCAUUUGGAGUGUUCCUGAAGCAUUAAUUACUGCUGAGAUGGGUACCAUGUUCCCUGAAAAUGGUGGUUAUGUUGUUUGGGUUGCUUCUGCAUUAGGUCCCUAUUGGGGAUUUCAGCAAGGCUGGAUGAAAUGGCUGAGUGGGGUCAUUGAUAAUGCUUUGUAUCCUGUUUUGUUUCUUGACUAUUUAAAGUCAGGGAUCCCUGCUUUAGGAGGUGGCUUACCAAGAAUUAUAGCUGUGUUAGCUCUGACUCUAGUGCUUACUUACAUGAACUAUAGGGGUUUAACCAUUGUGGGAUGGGUUGCUGUUCUUCUUGGGGUUUUCUCAAUCCUUCCUUUUGUGGUCAUGGGGUUUGUGGCAAUUCCGAAAUUGAAGCCUUCAAGAUGGUUUGUCGCAAAUCUGCAUGAUGUGGAUUGGAAUUUAUAUUUGAAUACACUCUUUUGGAAUCUAAACUAUUGGGACUCAAUCAGUACACUCGCUGGAGAGGUAGAGAACCCAAAGAAAACUCUCCCAAAAGCCUUGUUUUACGCUUUGAUCUUGGUGGUUCUUGGGUAUUUCUUUCCUCUUUUGGUUGGUACUGGGGCUCUUCCCCUUGAUCGUGAGCUGUGGACUGAUGGUUAUUUCUCAGACAUCGCUAAAAUGCUAGGUGGAGUUUGGUUGAGAUGGUGGAUCCAAGCAGCUGCUGCAAUGUCAAAUAUGGGGAUGUUUGUGGCUGAGAUGAGUAGUGACUCUUUCCAACUGUUGGGAAUGGCUGAACGUGGGAUGCUACCAGAGUUCUUUGGCAAGAGGUCUCGAUAUGGAACUCCUCUAAUUGGGAUUUUAUUCUCAGCUUCUGGUGUUAUAUUGUUAUCAUGGAUGAGCUUUCAAGAGAUUGUAGCUGCAGAGAACUUCUUGUACUGUUUUGGGAUGAUUUUGGAGUUCAUAGCAUUUGUAAGGCUAAGGAUGAAAUAUCCAGCAGCAUCCCGACCUUACAAAAUACCUGUAGGAACAGUUGGGUCUGUUCUUAUGUGCAUUCCUCCAACCAUAUUGAUUUGUCUUGUUUUGGCUCUUUCUUCUCUCAAAGUGGCAGUGGUUAGCCUUGUUGCUGUUGUGAUUGGCCUUGUAAUGCAGCCUGCUCUCAAGUAUGUUGAGAAAAGAAGAUGGCUCAAGUUCUCUAUUAGUGCAGACCUUGCUGACCUGCAUCUGUCUAGUCAUGAAAGCACUGAUUCCUCAAUAAGAUGACAGAUCUUCAUUAAAGCUCCGGGGGAAAGUUCCUUGGUAUUUAUGAAAAUAUUCUUGAACGCUUUGGUAUCUUGUUUGCUGUAGCCCACUGCUCGGUUUCAUGUGGGAGACAACUAUUUAUCAUCCUUGUUUUUAGAAUGAUGAUAGAUGGAAAUAACCAUUGCAUAAUUAAAAAUAAGCACCAAAUUUGUUGCAUUUGAAGUCGUGUGAACUAGGUUUUGUUUGUUCAUAAACACCACUAUCUACGCAACAUAUUUUGAAAUAUUUGUAGUUGUUGGAUUUAGAGCUGUAAUAUUUGGUACCAGGCAACCACUAGUUGUACCAGUGUUUGAUUCCCAGUCUAAA